GUUUUCAGUAGUUUAAUGACUUCAAAUGAGUGAACUGCAUCAUUUCAACAAUGAAUAAUUAUUUAAUCGCUGUGACAUUAUUUAUGUGGCUUAUUUAUUUAUGUGGUGCUUCUUAUUGGAUUAACAAUGGCAUUCAAUCAAAUCGGCUCAAUCAAGAAAACGUGCCGAGUAUUGAAUACAAGUACCUGAUCAAGAAGUUGCUACCACACCCUAAGCAAAAUCAAUGGUGGAAACGGGGUACCCACAGGGUCUACGCCCCAAUCGACGAGGAACCUGAAAUAGUAUUUGCAUGAAGAUAAAAAUAAUAGUAUUUGAAGAGGAGGCUGAUAUUUAUAAUUAUGUAUUUGUUCUCAGUAGAUUCAAGUCAAAAGAAAUUUGUAUAUAUUUGCCAACGUUUCGGCCUUAAUUAUGCCAUCCUCAUCAGGGCACUGAAAAACUGGACUUUCCUCAAGUAAUUAUUUACGUAUUUUUACAACAUAGUGAACAAUUUAAAAAAGCUUCAAAACGAAAAUUUCUAUACACUUCUCUUGUUAUACCUACUUACUAAUUUGCUACCAUGAAACAAUAGCUUUUCAAUGAAAAGAGACCAAAGAAAGUGAAAAGUAAGUAGAGCAACGUAUUCCUUAUUUAUAUAGAGCAGCUCCCACGUAAAAUCAAGAUAGGAAUUCACAUAACUAUUUUACCUCUCUCUAAAAUGUCUACAAACGACAUUCAAGAAGUCUGCUUACGUCUUCAAGGUGUCUUGAAGACAUCCUAAAGACGUGUUAUAUCACAAAUUCCAACGUUUUUCAGGCGUCUGCCUAAAGACAUUUUCAGGAUUAAUAUUUCGUUAUUAUUACUCCUUUUAUAACUUUCAAUUUUUGUCUAUUUGAAGUUCUAAAAUAUUGUAACUUGGCUUGAAUAAGAGUUUUAGAUCAUUCUAGAAGUUUUUCAGUAGGUAUUUCUAAAUUGUUCUGAUUUUUUUAAAAGUAUUUUGGAGCCCUAUUUGAAGCUCCAAGGUGUCCUAAAUUGGUUCAAAAGGAUUCUAAAAGGUUUCCAGUUCUAAAUUGAAUUGCUCUUGAAAAAAUCUAGAGUUUCUACAUUGUUCCAAAAUACUCCUGAAAAGUCUGACUUCGAUUUGACCUUAAUUCAGUGCUGUGAAGAACGUGGUCGAAGCAGCAGUGUUCAGUGUUUCUCCACCGCGCAAAAUCUGUGUGUACAUUUAUACAAUCUUUCUGGGUAAGUCGAUUUAUAACAGCUUGUCAAAAAAAAAACAUUUUGGAUAGAGUCCCAAAAUACUCCAGUAUACUUAUUUUAAGAGACACGUAAAUCCUAAACAUAUUAUUACAGAGAUGUGAUGUAGGUAUUUCAAAUGUUAGUGUUCAGGUUUCUAUUGAACAUACUAAAAGUCCUCAAGUGUCCGUGUUGCAUUACCAUUACAUCCCGAAAUUAGGUCCGCCAUCUUAUAUUUUGGCAUAUUUUUUAAGUUCUGUCAAAUAACUUGAAAUUCGUAACCUACCUACCUACAUAUUAUUCAAGGCAAAUAAUAUAUAGAUGUUUGUAGAAAAAUUAACAUUUUAUGCAGUAAAACUCUAUUUUUUCAUGUAACUGCAGAAUUCAAAAUUGUAUAUCUUGAAAACGGUUGUGCCUAGAAAGGUGAAAUAAGCACCAAAAUGUACUUAUUUCAAUUUUACAUAAAAAUUACCUCUUGACAUUUUUUCGAAUCUCUACGAAUUUCAAGUUAUUUGACAAAAUUAAAAAAAUAUGCCAAAAUACAAGAUAGCGAACAUAAUUUCGGGAUGUUAUGCAACACGGACACUUGGGCACUUUUCAGUAGGUUGAUAAGGACCUAAAAUACUAACUAUUGAGAUGGGUCCCAACUUUAUAAUAAUUGGCUUGGCUUGGGGUCAACUCUUAAGUGUACUGGAGUAAAAGGGAAUUAUUAUGGACGAUUGGGAUGACCCCGGAGGGGGGUCUCCACGUCCCUAGAAAAAAGAUUUAAAGAUAAUACAGAAGAAAAUAAUGGAAUGUCCUCGUCGGCCUUGACUGAUUUAUCAACAAGAAAAUGAAAAAAUUCCUAAUAUAUACAGUCCAACAGAUAAGGGACCCUUUGUUGUAAUAAUAAAGGUUUAAACAGAUAAUUGUCCAUUGAAUUUGGUGAUUUUAAAGCAGCAAAUGAAUUUAUUGGAAAUACAUUUUUGAAAGAUAGCGGUUAUUCAAUUAUUUAUGUACCCUAUAAUUUUGCAACAUUGUAAAGGCAUUAUCAGACAGGUUCACAAGGAUAUUCCUUUAGUAACCCCCCUUAACAUGGUCGGUGCAAACGGCCGCCAUUUUAUUUUAAAUAAAAAAUAAAAAUUCAGCAGCAUUUCAAACAUCGCAGAAACCCCGUCAAAUAUGACGACAGUCGCUACAACUAGCAAGUAGUACGCCUUUAAUGGCCGUUCGACCGGCCAUUUUAAGGGUGGCUUAACGAUAAUCGACGCUUAAAGUGACAUUUUUACAUAUACAAAUGUCACUUUAAACGUUGAUUAUCGUUAAACCUCCCUUAAAAUGGUCAUCAUAGACAUCUUGAAUAUGUCUUCCGGACAAGACAUUCUAAAGACGUCUUCAACGAGAUGUCUCAGAGACGUCUUUAAAUCACUUCUCAAUACAUAAACCAUUAUUCACUUGGUCUAAAUGUACCGAAUAGUUGCUUUUAGGAUGUGAACUUACAUACGACAUCUUAUCUUAUGGACGUUUUCAUUUUGUAUCCCAAAGAAAUUAAAUAAAUAAAUAUAAGAAAACAACUUCUCCUAGACGUCUUUUUUUUGUUCUUCAGACAUUAUGCAGACAUGAAAAAAACGUCUUUAAGACUUUGUAAACUAUUUAAUUAUUUUGCACUACUAUUGUUUCAUAUUAUUGUAGCAAAUUAGUAAAUACAACAAAAGAGCUGUAUAAAUUUAAAUAUUUUUCAUUUUAAAGAAUUUUCUUUAUGUUCUCAUAUGGUUUUAAAAUUGUAUGCACUGCUCCUUACUCUUUUCCCUUGUCCUGAGGAUGGCCUAAUUUAGGACGAAACGUUAUAAUUAUUUGUUUUAGAAAUAUAUUAGUUAAAUUUUC